GUCUUCCACAUUUUAAACUAGAAUGGCGACCGCCGUCUGCGGUCUACAGUCCACCGGCAACAAACCGACAAAGCUUCACCGAGAACACCGGAGAAAAGCUAAGGACUCUAGAAGAAGACAGGCGGCCCUUCUCUUCCUCACUAAUAUCUCUCUCGACGGACGCCCCCCGUGUCAGCUUGGUAAUGGAAAUACCGACCAAAAAGCCGGCGAGGAGCUCCGACUCCAGGAGAGGGACAGCGGCGCGGCGGCGGUGGUGGUGGUGCCCCAGCCGGCGGUUAGUCAGAGAUCGGUCACCCAGGUGACAGAGCCAGGUGCGGCUGGUAGUGGCUCCAACUCCAGUUUUCAGGGAGUACUCAGUCCUACCCGGCCUUCUUUGGUAAUGUCUCCGGGACCGGCCGGGACAAACGCUGUGGGGGCCAACGAGGUAUUUUUGGAGAGUGGCAGUCUGUCCGAGACGCUAACGCCGGACACCCCUCUGUCCCCUGUACCCCCCGGACAUCAGCCCUGCUCCCGGGUCAGGUCCACGCCCGCCGCGAUCAGCCCGGUUCCCACUGGGAAUCCCCAGGAUUCACGCCAGAGGUGAGCUCAUAAGAGGCCGGUGUCUCACCGUGGGCCUUUAAAGGAUGUACUGACUUCCGCAUGAAAUGAAACAAACAGGUAUUUCAACAGGGGCGUUAGUAAUGUUCCCCUGAGUCAACACAUUUUAACCUGUUCAGUGUUCAGUUUUAGGUUUUAUUCCACACAGAUAAAAGAGAUAUUACUGUGUCUGUGUUCAGAUCUGUUUCUGAUAUCUGUUAUUGUGUGGUGUAUUAAUCACAGCUGUUCUCUGCUCAGUUAUUCAAGAUGAGGUAUAACCACUGUCAGCUGUUUUUCUCCUGUCUUGUUGUGUGAGGAAAAACACCUCAUAAACUUGGACCCUCUCUUAAGAUCAGAGCGGGAUUUCACCCUCAUUAUUUGUGAUGCAAAGAGAUUUACAUUUGUUCCAGAUUACAUAGUGAGCCUUGUCAUGUGAAGGUCUUUUGUUUACAUCAAUGUGGCUCUCAUAAUCUUCACACAGGUUGAGGAAUGUCUCCGGUUCUCCUGGGCCCAAGGUGCCAAAGAAAGUCCACUUUAUCAAGAGCAUGAGGCAGUAUGACACCAGAGGAUGCAGGUAAGUUCCCCGUUCAUUUGCAUUUAAUAAAAACAAAACUCAGAAAAUGCUUUAGAGCAAGUCUGCAAAGGCUGUUCUCAUGUUAGAAAAUGAGAAACAAACAAUAAACAAAGGCGGUUUAAUCUGAAACAGGGCUUAAACUCAUAAGCAGUGUUACACUUCUCUUGCUUGUGUUUUAAUAAGCUUCUUAACUCCGGCAUAGUGACAUAGUUUAUACUGCGGAGGAAUAACAGCGCUACAGCUGCUCAGGAGUGAUUGCUUCUGUGGAUUUAAUCACCGUUGGAAGCUCUGCAAAUGCCAAAAGAGGUGCAGCGUGGAAAUCUAACACCCUUUUGCUCUAACCUCAUCACUGGACAGGACUGAAAUAUCACGCUGUCGCCUGUGUGUUCAGCUGGUCCACCACCAGAGUUAGAUAACAAGAAAGAUGGAUUAAUUUUGCCUGUAGACAAUUAGAAACAUCCCAUGACUUUUUCCCCCCGCUUUAUUUUUUUAGUCUCAUUUCACUUCUCCAUCAUCUCAUGUUCACACGUACGAGGAUGUGUCAUGUGUUCCUGCUGGUGCGUGCUAAACAGGGAUGUGGCGAUGCGGGAUUUCGUCACAGGUCUGACUUUCUGUGUCUGUAUGAAGCAGCCAAUCAGUUCAUGUUACUAACUACGCCGAGGCUUGGCUAUAAUGGUUAUAUAACUGGGCAAACAGGAUUUCAGUGUUGCUAAAUUGUCCCCUGGAAGAGAUGUGAUAUCUCUCCCUGAGACCCACAGACUGCUGACUGUGUGUUAUUGAUUUCUGUGUUUUGAGAAGUCUCUGGUGAUGGUGCAGUUUCUUUUAGAGGCUGUUGUCUUCAGUGGUUUUGUUACCAUGUAGUAAAAUCUGAGUGGGUUGUCCACAUUUCUCCAAAGAGGCCCGGUGAAUGUGUCAUAUGUUUGAUAGUUGUUUGUGUGUGUGUGUGUUUUAAGACAGACCCACUCUUUGCCCCAGUUUGUGCCUCUCCAAGGUAACGUUGCCCAAAGUCAAAGGAAUUAGCCUGUGGUGUUUCUAAAAGAAAAUCGUGGCCUCUAAUUACGAAACACUCACUGCUGUUUAAAGCGGCUUUUAUAAGCCCCCGCUAAUCUUCGAGCCGACACAAUUAAAGAAUAAUCGGCUGCAUUUUGAGUUGGAUCGACUUGUCAAUAGAGUGGUUGACGUGAUAAAUCAAAAACUUAUUGCACAUUUUUGUGCACAAAUAAAAGAACUGAAGCUCCAGAAACAUCAUUGUUUAUAUCACAGAAAAGCAGUCCUGCAGAUGUUUGAUCUAAAAUAGGGACAAAAACACGAACAGAUAGGAGGACAAAGGUUGAAUUUUCUGUAGAUGUUUCUUAAAUUAAGGAAAGCAGAAUAGAAUAAGACAAUUGUUUUGUUUUAGUCAAUAAAAUGUCAGAUAUUUCAUGGAUAAGCUUCCCCAAUGCGAAGUUUAGCCUGUUAACAUUUUACUCAACACUGAAUUUUUUGGUUUUAGCCUUCAGUCAAACAACAACCACAAACUCAGGGCUCAUUGUCCCCUCCUGCUCUUUAGAUUGUUGUUGACAGAUAUUUGGCUGUGAUAGCGACAUAAAUCCAUGCAGAAGCAGCUAAGUGACCGAUUUCCCUGUCACUGAUGCUCCGGUGCUGAUGAAUACCCUGUGCACAGCAGCUGUCACCGAGGUAGCUGCUCACAGACUGACGCUCCAUCUGUUUUGUCUGCCUUUACUUGCUGUGUCCUGCAGGAUCGUGCUGGUUUGUGCCAAGCGGUCGCUAUAUGCUGCUUUCUCAGUGCUGCCCUAUGGAGAGAGUGCUCACCUCAGGUACACAGAAAGCACCAUCCACAGCAGAGAGCACCCACCCUUCACUUUUAUGUUCCCAUCAUCCUCCUUUGUCAUCCAUACCAUCACUGAUCUCAGGACAGGGCAGUGUGAGAGCGCCGUGCUGUGAAAUGACAUGACUGUGAUUCUUUGUGAACAGUGAUACGAAGCUGGAGGCGCAGAGACAAAGGUUGUCGUCUGUGGUGGCUGUUGACCUGCUGCCUUCCCUGGAGGGAGUGGAGAUUGGCGCCUGCGGCAAGGUAAAUGUCUCUGUGAUGGAAAGUGGGACGAGGAGGAACAAAUCCUCCUCAUUUUUUUAUGGAUCGUCUUUUUCUCUGACUGUCCUAUCGUUUCUCUUCAGACGGUGUCGUACGCUCAGUUUCUGUAUCCAACCAAUGCCCUGGUGAGGCAGAAGAGCAGCAGCGGAGCGCCAGAGAGCUGCACAGCUCAGACCCCUCAGUCGCGUUUCCGUGGCAACGGGCAGAGGAACUUCACCCCGGCACGUCUGAACAACAGCUUGGCUCAGGACCCAUGUAAGAAAGGAGACACAGAGUCAAACACCUGCUCCUCCUCCUCCUCCUCCUCCUCAGUUUAACCGGACUCAGAAAUAAUCAGAGUGUUUUUGUUCUCAGGUCCAGAGGAGGUGGUGGAGUACGAUCCUAACCUGCUCAGCGACCCUCAGUGGCCCUGUGGGAGACACAAGAGGGUCCUGAUAUUUCCAUCAUACGUGGUGAGAGUUUGGUCUGUUAAUGCAGUUUGUUUACUCUGCAGUUCUGUGGUUUAUUCAGCUUCUCUACUGGGAACCUGGUGUCACAAAGUAAUAGGAUCAGGAUUUGUGUUGGUUAAUAUAUAUUUUGCUGCCAUGAUGUACUUUGAAACUGAACUUAUUUGGAUCAAUACUCAUACAAAUCCAUCUUAGCCUGUAGAGACCUACACCAGCCACCAUCCUGAAAGGCUGAUUCUCAAUGACUGAAGUGAUUGUCUUGUUAGGCUUAAGCUCCUGUCAACCUCAUGUCAGCUGUUCUUUACAAACAUUGUCUGUUUCCAACAUUAUAAAUACUUCCAUACAGCUGACAUGUUGCCGCCCAGCUUUGGUGUCACUGUAUAAGCAAAUUUUUACACCAGCUCGUAGACCACACGGGCAGAAGUGUUCAUGCUGACUGCAUGUGGAGUUUGAGUCAGCUCAGACUGAUCUGAAGCAAAGACUGUUGUUACUUAUGGAAGAUCAGGGAUUUUUAAGAUUCAGGCAAAAUAAUUUAUUCACCUUUUUAUGGUUAAAAGUUCUCUGUAUUUAUGAAUUUACAUAUUCCUGGAGAGAGAUGAAAACUGUGGAUCUUUAUUGUAUUUGCCUGAGUCCCUGUCUGCUGACCUGAUGUGUGAUUCUCUUCAGAUCGAGUAUAAACUAAACAGCUCUCCUCUUUUGAACCUCCUGUAAUGACUUCAAGAGUAAAAUACAUCCAUUAUAUCCCUUUCACAUGAUUUUAUUGUGGCUUUGCUGAUUGCGUCAUAAGACUGUAACUUCUACCAGGGUUCUGUGUGACAGAAUUCGAUAAAAACUGUAAACCUUUGUUGUGGUUAUAAAUCGUGCAAACACAAGACUCCUCUGUCCUGACACGCAGGUUUGUUCCCUCUCUUUGUAGACCACUGUUGUUGAGUAUGUGAAACCGUCCGACCUGAAGAAGGACAUGAACGAGACCUUCAGAGAGAAGUUUCCUCACAUCAAGCUGACUCUGAGCAAGAUAAGAAGGUGCAGAUCGAUCACAUUGAUUUUAAGCAAACACGUCAAACUGUGCAACACUUUCUUUUAACACUUCCACGCCUCUGUUACUUCCCUUUUCCUCUAAACCAGCCUGAAGAGAGAAAUGAGAGCUGUGAGCGAGGAGUUUGGUCUGCAGCCAGUCACCACGGCGAUGGCCUUUGUUUACUUUGAGAAGCUGGUGCUGCAGGGCCGCCUCAACAAGCAGAACAGGAAGCCGGUGGCAGCGACGUGCGUGCUGCUGGCUGCGAAGAUCAGCAGCGACCUGCGGAAGCCAGAAGUCAAACAGCUCAUAGACGUGAGUGAAGUUUCCACUCCGAUCUUGUUAGAUCUCAGAACAAAGACAUGCAGACAAGCAACCUGUUAGCGCGCUCAUUCUUAGAAGAGAUGGAAAGCACCCUCUGCAGCUCACCGUCGUCUACUAAACAUCUAUUUUUUCCUUUAGCAGCUCAAUUUAUUCACAGGGAAGAUGAAACAUGCUGACUAUGAGGCUUUAAGAAAAGGGUCUUUGGAUAGAAAAGAAUCAUAGAGGCAGAAAAUGAAGCUUUUAUAUGAACGCAAGCUGAUAAGAUAAGAGCUGCAGCUUCGAAAUCUCAUAAGAAGUGUACAUUUUGACUCUAUUUCCUCUAUAAAUUAUCAUAUAUGAGGAAAAUCUGUGACUAUAGUCGUGAAUCAUUUACAUUCAUGUUAAAAGAUUUCAGUCUUGUUGGAUUUUGUAACACCCAGGAGUCUCUUUGUUCCAGCAACUCUUUAAUAACUUUGAACGCUGUGUGGUGAAGGUCAUUCGGUUUGAUGUUUUUAUGAAACAGCAGAGUCACAUAAUCCUUCAAAGUUACAUGUUUCCUGUAUCAACAGGCGCUCAAGAGGAUUAGUCUAAGAUAUUGAUUGAUGUUUACAGCCUGGAGACCGCCUCCUCCCUCCCAGUAACACCACAUGCAGUUAAAGUGUUCACAUAUUUAAUCAAAAGUCAUCAAUCGGUUACGUUAAUAAAUUUAUUUUGGUUUGUUUUAACAGUUAAUAAACCCAUUUAGAUUAUGCAUAAAUUAUAGGUAUAACAAAAUAAUUUCCAGCUUCAUCAUCCUGCAAAAAAGAGAAAAAAAUCACUCUCCAUUCAUUACAGAUACCUCUGAUUUCUGUUUAAACACUGAAAGAAUUAAUUGGAUGUAAAGUAAAAACCCUCCUGCAUUAUUUCAGCUCCUCAUUCUCCGUCUUUCUCCCUGUUUUUUUCCCAACGGACGAGCAGAAACUGGAGGAGCGUUUCCGUCUAAACAGACGAGAGUUGAUCCCCCUCGAGUUCCCGGUGCUGGUUGCCUUGGAGAUGGGACUUUACCUCCCCGAGAGCAAGGUCAUGCCGCAUUACCGCAGACUGGUGCAGCAGGGUUAGACCGGAUCCAGUGAAGCCUGACACUUGGGUGGUUUCAUUAGCAGCAUCAGCAGGUGUGUGUGUGAGUCUGUGUGUGUGUGUGAGGUGAAGUAAACUGGACUUUGAGUCAGAUUUGUGUGUGUUUGUGUGUUUGUGUGUGUUCUCUGCAGAUGGACCAGUCAAUAAGCUGUGGUGGUACGUUCUGGUACUAUUUAUUUCUGUCAGUCGUGACUCGAGUCACUCACUGUAUAUGAAGAAUAACUGUUUACACUAACGUUAUAGACUCGGUGGUGUGUGUGUGCGUUUGUCUGUCAGUGUCGUGUCUUGUUGAUGGCGUCAUGAGCUCUAUGUUAGAGAUGGUCGAUGAGCACAUUCAUGGUGCUUUUAUCUUAAUAUUAUCCUGUGACCUGUUUGUUUUUGGUACGUCCUCUUCUUUAACGUGUCUAUUUAAAUGAAACGAGCGCUGUGACUCUUGCGUUUGGAAACUCUUGACCCGCACCUUCAUCUUUACUAUACACACCCAGCCUGUAUAGUAUUUACUCUAAAGACAAAGAACUCACUGUUGAUUCUUGUAAACGCCUUUUAAACCCACUGUGACACUAUUUCAGCGCUUUAAGACUGAAACAUGACACUGUAGACUGACUGUGGCUAGAAAAUGUGACAUUGAGGUAGUGAGUAAAAAUUUGGAAGAGGCCUUGUUGAUUUAAUAUUUGCACUUUUGUGCCAAAAUAAUCACACUUGUGAUUGAUCUUGUUCUUGACUUAAAAGCUCACACUCCUGCAGCAGCCACAGAUUUAUUGUAAUGAAUUGUGGAGGCUCUUUUUGUUUGUUUCAUGAUGUUACCCAGGGAUAUUUCUUUAUGUAUAAAGAUGCACUGGAAUAGCCGUCAAAUAUUCAGUUCUCAGGAAUUUUACUUUCUUGUAUCAUUGAAUGUCUCAUCAUACUUUAUCUAACCCAAAGAGAUAGGGGAUGCACAGAUCCGACAGUUUCUCUCUUAAUACCCGUCCCUGGAUCAUGGGUUUCUGUUGAUACUGACUAUGAUCCAAUAUAAGUGUUACUUCAUAAGAGGAUUGAGUAUCAGAGUGGAGAGACCGGGAUCAUCUCGAAGUCUGGAGUGAGGAUUAAACUUUUUUACCAGCCUCUUAAAGCAACAUGAAGAGAUACAAAUCUAAAAAGACCAAAACGAUUAGCAUCAACUGAAGGGUUACAAUGAUAUUGAUUAUGUACCAGCAAAUUUUAAAAAACGAUCAUCAACUUUAACGCAACAAACUGAUAAGACCUAAAGGCUGGUGCCAAACACAUGAAGCUGUAAGCUCAUGAGGGGAUCACAGAGAACAGAGAGGACUCGUCUUAUUUUACAAUACCAGCUUUUGAACAUGCUGCACAGGUCCGUGUCAACAUACAGGUGCAGCUGAAAAAAACAGAAAAAAGGUCUUUUUUUCCCAGUGAUUUAAUUUAAAAAGUGAAAUGUUUCAAGACUUUUUCGUUUGAAUCUUGAUGGUUUCAGCCAACAGCUCACAAAAUGAAAUAUCCACUAUCUCAAAACAUUAGAGUAUAAUAAAACAUUAAUCCAAAAGAGGAUUUAAAAUAGAGAACUGUUGACCAUCUGGAAAACUAUGAACACUCAUGCACAAGAACUUCUACCAGGAGAUUUCAGGGCUGAGAGGCUUCAUAGAGAUACAGAUUUUCUCUUAGAGCAGGAUCUAGCACCUGCCCACAGCGCCAAAACUACCAGAAGCAACCUGAGUUCCCAUUAACCCCAGCUGUGGCACAGACAGUUUGCCUCCAUGCUACGCUGUAUUGAUGCAGUAAGGAGAUAAUUUUCCAGCUGUGUUAUAAAUCCUAUUUUUGGAUUGGAGUUUUCUUAUAUUAAUGUUUUGAGAUAGUAGAUUUUUGAGCUCUAAUCUGUAAUUUCCUUCAUGGGGAAAAAAUGAACUUUUUCUUUACUUUUUGAGCUGCACCUGAAGAAGAAUCGGUGCAUGCUUAGUUAAAAAAUGUGACAGUGACUCUCGUAUCACUGAAACCAUCUGUGCACCAUCAUAAAUCAGUGGCAGGUAACUGAUUUGAGUGCUUUGAUCAGAAAUAUUUGGGUUCCUCUUUAAGUGCCAGAGAGUAUUUGUUUGACUGUGGUGCUUCGUGUGUAGUAACUCUUCAGAUUUGGAUGCUGGGGGGAGGUAACCGUGGUAUCAUGAUAAUCGAUGUUGACAUUUCUCCGUCUUGCUGCUGUCCACAUCUUAAAAUGUUCUCGUCUGGGAAAGACGAUCACAGACUUCGAUGGUACUUCAGUCCGAUGUGUGUUUGCAGUGGUGAAAUAUGUAAUGCAAUAAACGUCCAAACAGAUCUGUAAGUGCACAAAAUGUUCUAAAUGUACGGUUAGUGUCAAAUGGUGAAUAUUCAUUGUUUUCAUACUGUCAAAUGAAUGUUUUUCAAAUAUAUUUUUAAGACACUGAAAA